UGUCCGGACCUGCCAUGCUACACUACACCUCUGUCCUUCUGGCUGCUGGAGUAAGGAUGUGGAGCAGGGUUUUGCAAAAUCAGCCAUGGAGGGCCAGCAGUCAUAUACCUUCCCAGUGUUUUAUCCGACGACUGGACCACAUUGUGAUGACAGUAAAAAGCAUUGAAGAAACCAUCACAUUCUAUUCCCACAUCCUGGGCAUGGAGGUCACCACUUUCAAGGGAGACCGGAAAGCUCUGUGUUUUGGAGAUCAGAAAUUUAACCUACAUGAGGUAGGAAAGGAAUUUGAACCUAAAGCUGCUCACCCAGUUCCUGGCUCCCUGGAUAUAUGUCUGAUCACAGAUGUGCCUUUGGAGGAGUUGAUUGUGCAUCUCAAGGCAUGGGAUGUUCCCAUUGAGGAGGGUCCAGUUUCCAGGACAGGAGCAAAGGGGCCUAUUAUGUCCAUCUACUUCCGAGACCCAGACAGAAAUCUAAUUGAGGUGUCUAACUAUAUCACCUCAUGAUGGAUGUUGGCACUCUUCCAUUCCAUUCCUCAUCCUCAGCCUUCCUUCUUGAAGACCUCCAAUGAUUAUGGAUUCUGACACUUCACACAUCCUGCAAGAGGGACCUGAGAUAAAUUUGGGACCAAAUAAAUCAAUGUGUCCCGAUGGCCAAUCCAGGCUACUCCAAUAAAUGAAUAAUCCUUCCAUA